AUGUUGAACGCAAGCAAGAUUAGAAUGGACGACGAAAAAUAUUUAUAUGUUCCACUCUCUCUGCUUUUUGUAACGUUGAGCGAAAAUCAUGAGCAAAUAUCAUUCGCUUACCCAUUUCAAUCGUCAAAAGCAGUGAAUUGCGGUAAUAUUUUGCAGAUUGACUGUUCUUCCCUUCAGAAACCAAUUUCCAAUUUUUAUGCCUUACGAGAUGAAAAAAAUAAAGGAUAUUUUAUUAUUUCUGGUUUAAAUCCUGAUACAUGCUUCUUAAGAGUUUUAGAGGAUCCUUUGCGUUGCGAAGCUAUUAAUCGACUAGACUCGAUCAGUCCGCUGGAACCCGAAAUUCUUGCUCAUUUGCUCUCUGGAAAGGGAGCCACAGACCUACCCUUUGAACUGAAGAUAGAUAACUUGCGCUACGUAGGGUACCCGAAGAUGGUUACAGUUCCACGAGAACGCGCACCCAGGAUCUUUAAUGUUGUUUUUGUCGUGAGUGUAAAUAUGCCUGCAGAUUUAGUUACCUCCUAUGAAGAAUUAAGUCAGAAGAUAGCAGUUGCUAUUGAUAGUGAACAAACUCGUUGUAAUUACUUGAACACUCAUAUGUCAAUUAUGCUGGAUGCUCACGACACCCUUGACAGGCUACAAUCUUCAGAUUCGUCACACUCUAGGAAUUAUGAAGCCGAAUGCUUUCACGAAAUUCUUUUGAAUAGUACUUUGGCUGCUGAUUUGUGCAAUAUAUUUAUCGACAUAAGUGAUCACGGCCUAGUUUCUGUAUUUUUGAACAAAGUGGUUGAAAUUGGUUUUUGCCUUAUGGAGCGUUGUAUGGUUCAAGCAGGAUUGGCUCCAAAAACUAGUAAACAGAUAGAAGCACAAAUACGCUGGAUUCGGCCCUAUCAUGCUAUAUUUUUACUUGAUGAUACUAUUCCUGGUCCAGAUGCUAGUUCUGAUUUACAAAAGAUUAAGGAGUUUUGUACUCCAGACCGUAGUAUCAUGGAUAUUAGCAAUGCGUCAGGCCUCGCAACAAUGCAAGUCUUUCUAAUUGUUCGUCAUUUGCUGCUAUGGGCGCGAGCUAUUGUAAUAUAUCCAAUUUGUCGUGAAAACUUUUAUUCUUCUUGUUCACACCCGCAACUUCCAUUACAGCACUAUACGGAGAAGUUCCGCUGCAUUUUCCAAGAGGAUCUGGCUGUAGUUUUGGCUCAGUUUUCUCCUUCUUCUACACUUGAUCAGUUUUUGGACCCUUCAGUUUACAGCGAAUAUGAUCAGAUGGUGAGGUAUAAUAUGUUGCUGUACCUUCUUCGUUAUAAUCUGAUUGUUCAACUUCAUACCUUUAUUUACUUGAUGGAACCGUUUUCUGAUGAAACAAUGGAUCGAGACGCGGUGUCGAAAUUAGAUGAUAAUGAAGUACGCCACCUGCUGGAAGAAACCACGUUGUCUGACGCUCUGAAGUGCCACGUUGCUGAAAUAUGCGGCGCUUUACUAGGAAUAAUGCCAAGAGAUCAAGUUCUCAUCAGUCUCAACUUAUUUAUCAAUAUGAUUCCACUGCUGAACGGUGAACAUCACGUGGAGGAUAUAAUGUUCAGACUAAACAAAGGCCGUUUGGUUAUAGUUAAAGUUUUAGAGCUGUUUGCGAAUGUCUUAUGCACAUUUGAAAGGCCUGAUUUCAUUCACAGUCAGUUUACAUAA